CCCCUGCGACAGCUGCCUGCAGGCACCUGCCGCCAAGACCUGCCUCACCUGCAUGGCCUCCUUCUGCCUGGAGCACCUGCGGCCCCACCAGGACAGCCCGGCCUUCUGCCACCACCAGCUGUGCCCGCCCCUGCAGGAUCUGCAGCAGAGGAAGUGCAGGGACCACAACAGGCUCCUGGAGUUCUUCUGCAGGGAGCAUGCCACCUGCAUCUGCUCCACCUGCCUCCUCAGCCACAGCUGUGUCACACCAGCCCCCUGCAGCAGGCCAAAGAGAAGGCCGAGUCAGCGCUGAAGAAGAGACUGACAGAGCUGCAUCAUCAGAGCGAAAGCGCUGCUCGAGCAAUGAACGUUGUGAAGACAAACCAAAGCCAAGCUGCUGAGACAGCUUCCAGAAAGAGAGAUUUGAUCAUAAAUGAGUUUUCAGAAAUUAAAUCUUUAAUUGAAGAAGAAGAAAAUCGGAUCCUAAAAAUAAUUGUCGAUGAAGAAAAAAGAAUUUGCAAUAAGUUUAAUUAUAUUUUUAGUAUUCUGGGAAAUAAGAAGAAUGAAAUUCAGUCUAUCAGAGACCAGAUUGAGAUGGUAUUGACUGAACGUGAUGACAUUCUGUUUUUAAAGAGAGCAGCUGCACUGCAACGAGUACCAACAAAAGAUGCCUUUGUCCCCCCAAUUGAAAUGGACCAAAACGUGAUACAUUCCGCUUAUCAAUCUGCCAUUAACAUGAAAGAAAUCGUGAAACUUACAGUGACUCAGUCGAGGGAGAAAAAAGGAGAAGCAAAACCAUCUGGGAAAACUAAGCCCCCUCUAGCAGCUUCCCUAAACAGAACCUCUUUUGACAAAAAGCCUGCUGGACCAUACGCUACCCACAGAGAGAAAAUCCAUUACCAGAUUCAAGUCCCCUUGCAGGAGGAUACAGAUACCAAGGACAAAAAGAAACCUAUUAAACUUGCACCAAACACAGGAACACCAAAUGCUUCAUCUGCUGUUGCAACAAAAGCUGUUAUUGACAGUUUUCUGAAGAAAUCCAGAGAGGAGCUUUUGCAGUAUGCUGCUAAAGUCACACUGGAUUACAACACUGCUCAUAACAAAGUGGUUCUGUCUGAGGGAUAUACCAAGAUGUCUGUCUCAGAAAUCUCCCUGAAUUACAGUGACCACCCUCAGCGCUUCACCUAUUGCUCCCAAGUGCUGGGGUUCCAGUGCUUCAGGAGAGGCAUCCACUACUGGGAGGUGGAACUGCAACAGAACAACUUCUGUGGCAUUGGCAUCUGCUAUGGCAGCAUGGAGCGGCAAGGGCCAGACAGCCGCCUGGGGAGAAACAGCAGUUCUUGGUGCAUUGAGUGGUUUAAUUCCAAAAUUUCUGCCUGGCAUAACGAUGUUGAAAAGUGCUUACCCAAUACAAAGGCUACCAGGAUUGGCGUGCUGCUGCACUGCGAGGGAGGGUUCGUGAUUUUUUGGGCUGUUGAGGAAAAGCGUAACUUGAUCUAUAAAUACAAAACCCAAUUUACUGAAGCACUGUAUCCUGCCUUCUGGGUAUUUUCCAGUGGCACUGUUCUCUCUGUCUGCCAACUGAAACCGUAAGGUCUCUUACCUUAAUUUAGUGUGCCUGGGUAUUUACAUGCAAAUAAUCACUGCUGCGACAGCUCAUCUCUGUAGUUGUAACAUGUGCUUUGAAUGCAAGGAAAACUAUAAGCUUGCUGGGUACAUGUGUAAAACUACUCCAUUUCAAUUCUGGGAGGAGGAAGGAAAAAGGGACUUUCAGCUUUAACUUCUAGUUUCACAGGUGCAUGCUGAAUGAAGAAAAUGGGACACUGCAACAUAGUAAAGUUAGAAGAAAAGGGCUAUUUGGUUGAUAUUUUUUUCCUAUCUCUAGUAAGCUUUUAAUUGUGAAUGAUUUUUAAUUGUGAGUGGGAGGGGAACUUUCUUUCAAGUCCACAAUAUUUUUAAUGCAUGCAAGGCACCUUAGCAAUUUUAAAAGAAGAAAUUUGAAAUAAUUCAAAGAAAAAUGAUACUGUACAGAAUAUUGUACAGAAUGGGGGGGGGGGGAUUCUUCCUACCAUACAAACAGUCUUAGUUCAAGCAGCCUCAAAGAUCCUCUGUUUGAGAGAGAAAAAUUAUCAGCUCUUUUAUGCAGUUUGAGAUAUCUCCUGAUUCUUCAGUCUGAAUUGCUAAAGCUUUUAGAUAGUGAGGUAAACCCUUUACCCUGAGGUAAAGAGUUUGCAAAGACUUGAUUGUCCUUCUGAAAGCAGUUAUGAUUACAUUAAAUGGUUUCAGUAGCUACUGUGACUUCUGCAGUUCCCUGUAGAAGACUUUCAGAAGUCAUUUUCUAUUCCAAAUGUGUUGUACGGCCAGCAAUAACCCCUUUGAGAAAGAAAUAGGAGGAAUCCUUUGACAAAUUCAGGUUGCAGGCUUUGAGGUCGGUCUGUGUUGCCUUACCUUGUUCUCUAGUCUCAGACUUAUGCAUAGUCAGGAUUUGAAAUACACGUUCUCAAUGUGUGACUACCUGAGAUGGUACAGAAUGAGCUAUUGAAAUCAGUAAAUUCAAAUCUUUUAAAACUAAACUGUAAAAGCUAAUAUGACAAAUCUCAUCAGAACAGAGACUUGUAGAGUCAAUCAAUAUUAAAUCAUAUAACCCGGAAAUAAAUUACGUCUACUCAGUCUGGGAACGUAUCAAAUAAAAGUGUCCUCAGGAAGACAUCCUGCAGAGUAGUGGUGUGUGCCCUGUAAUGGUAUAGUUCUGAGGAUAUAGCAGUCUGUCCUAUUCUGUCCACAUCUUCAUAGUGAAGGCUCUUCACUAUUUCUUUGUAUUGAGGAGUUGAGGGGGUGUAUUUUGGUCUUGCGCAGGAACAGAAAUGUUCUGUCCACUUAAAGCAGGGUCUCCUAUCAUACAGCUUUUCCUCUUUAUGAAGCGGAAUAUUCCCUGUAGACAUAUCUUUUGCUGUUCAGUAGAUAAAGACUGGGUUUUCUACAUUCUGGCCAUGUUACUGUGACUAUGGUUUCAAGAAAACAGUGUGCUCAAUAAACAGAGAACACUGUUUGCUCUCUGUAUGAAGGCUGCAGGUAGACAAGUGAGUCUUCUGAGGCGUACAGAAAAGGAGCACACAGGAGAAUACACUUCCAUGCUGGAAUGGAUUUUUAAUUCUCGUGUUCUUUGCUUUGGGUUGGAGCAUGUCUCCAGAAGUCUUCACCGUAUACAGAGGAUUCUGUUCUUCUGUAUUUCUUAAUUAAAACUUUAAAACAAUCUAUAGGUAAUCAAGGUUUUUGGAUCUCAUGCUUAUUGAGCCUGCAUCUUGUUCAUGCCUCUGGACUUACCAUGUUCGUUCUUAUUUAUUGGACUAGCCCAUGAAGAAAGGGGACGCUGACAAGGGAGACUUACUGGACUUUGAUUAGUAAAGCUCUCCAUUAUGGAACAUAGCAUGCUUUGUGAAAUAAAACGCAAGGCUCCUAUUGACAGUUUGGAAAGAAUUGUUAGAACGUUCAAAAGAAUCUUUGUGAUAACGUUUCACGUUAGCUGAAGUGCUUUAGAGAAAGUCAACACUUGUGGGAAUCCAGGCAUAGCGUCCUUAUUUUUACUUGGUUUGUAAACUCUCCAGUGCAUUGUCAAGGAUAGCACAAGUCAGAUGAGAUGCAACUCUUUUGGCCAAAAUGGGAUUUUUAAUUGCAGUUGGACCUAAAAAUAGUGCAGCGGUUGUCUUCGGAAUAGUUGUAGCAUCUAAAGGGAUCCAGCUUUCCAAAGUGCAGUCAGCACUAAAACUAUCCACCUUGAAAGGUGAGGAAGAUGUGGCACUGUCUUCUUAGGAGCCAGUAGUGAAUGCAAAACUUCACUCUGCUUUUGUUCUGUCUUUUGAGUAGAGAGAGAGAGAGAGGGGAAGACCAGGGCCAGAAGUCAG